AUGGAGCAAACAUGUGAUGAUAUAGAUGAAAUGUUCAGCAAUUUACUUGGAGAAAUGGACAUGCUGACCCAGAGUUUAGGAGUGGAGACUUUACCAUCUCCAUCCCCCAAGGCGGCCAACAAGGAAUUUAGCUUUACAGUUGGUUUUAAAGAUUUAAACGAAUCCCUGAGUACCCUAGAGGACAAAGAUCUAGAUGCUUUAAUGGCUGAUCUUGUAGCAGACAUAAAUGAAGUUGAACAGAGAACUUUACAAGCCCAGAAGACUGCUACUGACAAUCAGCAAAGUACGGUCACUCAGCCUUCAGCAGGCUUGGAUACUGCCACUUCUUGUAAAUCAAGCACCUAUGUUACCGUUACGGGACAAUUUGGGGAGGACUUGCCCCCUCCACCUCCAGACCCUAAUUUAGACCUUCCGCCACCACCACCACCACCUCCUUCUGAGCCACUCACUCAGGAAGAACAAGAGGCACAGGCUAAAGCUGACAAGAUUAGACUUGCAUUGGAGAAACUGAAAGAAGCCAAAGUUAAAAAGCUUGUUGUCAAGGUGCACAUGUACGAUAACAGCACAAAGUCACUGAUGGUGGAUGAGCGUCAGGUGGCAAGGGAUGUUUUAGACAACCUUUUUGAGAAAACCCAUUGUGACUGCAACGUGGACUGGUGUCUGUACGAAAUGUACCCAGAGCUGCAAAUUGAAAGGUUUUUUGAAGACCAUGAAAAUGUUGUUGAAGUGCUAUCAGGCUGGACUCGAGAUACUGAGAAUAAGAUUCUGUUUUUGGAAAAAAGCAAAAAAUAUGCUUUAUUUAAAAAUCCCCAGAAUUUCUACCUGCCAAACAAAGGGAAGAAUGAAAGCAAAGAAAUGAAUGAGAGAAACAAAGAGGCUUUGUUGGAGGAAAGCUUCUGCGGGACAUCUGUCAUUGUGCCAGAGCUUGAAGGGGCCCUUUAUUUAAAAGAAGAUGGAAAAAAAUCCUGGAAGAGGCGUUAUUUUCUUCUACGGGCUUCUGGAAUUUAUUACGUACCCAAAGGAAAAACCAAGACAUCCCGGGAUCUGGCAUGCUUCAUUCAGUUUGAGAAUAUGAAUGUUUAUUACGGUACUCAACACAAAGUGAAAUACAAGGCACCUACAGAUCACUGCUUUGUCUUAAAGCACCCUCAGAUUCAGAAGGAGUCACAAUAUAUCAAAUACUUAUGCUGCGAUGAUCAAGCAACUCUGCAUCAGUGGGUAACAGGUAUAAGAAUUGCCAAGUAUGGCAAGACACUGUAUGAUAAUUACAAAUGUGCAGUGAAGAGAGCUCGCUUGGCAUCUCAGUGGGCAAAUCAAGGGAUGGUGGAACCAGCUGUCUCUGCAGGAUCCUUAUCGACAGAUGCUGUUCAGGCAAAUGGACAGAUUCCCCAAAUUGUUCCUCCUUCCAGUGCAGAGUUUUCAGAGGCUCAGGAGAAAGUGGAUACACCAGAGGUACAGGCUAAGUCAAAUGGUGUGGGUGCAUCUGGCCUGGCACAGCCAGUGAUGAGGCCACAGAAAUACCAGAAUAGGAAAGGGUCACUGCAGCCUCCUCCUCCACCUGAAAGGCGGUCAUCUGCUAUUGCUGCUUCACCAGUUCUACCCUCCAAAGUCAAACGAGACAGCGGCAUCUUCCUAACAGAUCCAGACAGCUUUCCAGCACCACCACCUGCACUGGAGAUUGAUUUGCCACCACCACCACCACCUGAUUUCUGUGAACCUCCUCCUGAUUUUGUGCCUCCACCACCACCAUCCUCCAGCAGCGGUAAUGGAGACUUGCCAUUACCCCCUCCACCUCCACCUGUCUCCAGUAAGAUACCACCUCUGACAAAGAAACCUGUGCCACUUCCUCCAAAAAGGCAAGAAAACACAGGACAAGAUGGAGAGGCAAGGCCAAAUGAGCCACCUGCUUUUAGGAGUGGGGGCAGACAAGCAGAUUUCAUGUCUGAUCUAAUGAAAGCUCUUGAGAAGAAAAGGGGCAGCAGCUCCUGAACUCUGAGGGCAGAUGAACUUUAAGGCAUAGUUGUUGGUGCGUGGUGUCAUAGAAGGUGGUACGGGAUGAAGGCCCACCAGGAGAAGUUCCUCCUGUGCUCAGCCCCCACCUUGUCCCUACAACUUGCUCCUUCCCUCCCCAUUACUACCACUCCAGCACCAGGCCAAGGUAAGAAACUGGGGAUAUGCUUUUGCUUUCACUCCAUCAGGAUAGCUAGGUUGGUGGAGCAGCACUCGCAGUGCCAGGCAACGAGUGAACUGCACCUUUUGUGGUUGCCUUGUAAGAGAAUUAGAGCUGAAGGAAACAGUACUGUUUCUCAUGGGGAUUCUGAGGAAUGGGAAGAUGUCUUCUCACAGAAUUUCCCUGAAAGAUUCUUUAUUUUUAUCAGAAAACCCCAAGUUAUUUUAGGUUUUGAUCAAAAGACACUUUUUUUUCUCCAAAAGAAGCCUAUCUUAAAAAGAAAAAAAAAAAAAUCUCAGCUAGAUUACCCUGAGAUGAAAGGCAGGACAAAGACCCUUCCCAAAGACUAUCACCCCAAAUGUUAUACUUUCCAUAUACAACUCCAGUGAUAUCUGUCAGCACUCACAAUUGCUCCCUUUAAAUCUCACUUUAUUUGAUUAAUUUUAGAUGAGACAAAUUUUUAUCUCAAAAUAUUGUAUGUUUCCUCUGGUAAGCAGGGCUCUUUUUUUUUUUUUCCUGUUGGUUAACAUUUGUCUUCAAAUUGUACCUAGAAAUAGUCUGUUUCUAUAAAGACUUCGUAAUUAUCUUGUACCUAAUAUCAAUGUGUCUCCUCCUACAUAUUUUUUUCAUUUGUUCUCCAUUUUAAUUUGCCAUUGUCAUUUAGGUAGCAUUCAUUAUUAGUUCUCAAAUAAAAAUAGCUUCUAUUUUAUAUCUGCACAAAGUGUCACAGUUAAUGAACAGGCAUUUUACUGGAAAAUGGUACCACAGAACUUCAAAUAUUUUAAAGGCUUUUUGCCUAUAUCUUCUAGAUUGCUUGUUUUUAACUUCCUCCAGUCUUUAUCCCUGUCUUAUGGAAUCUUAGAAGAUCAUGUGCAUAAGUAACAUGUUUUUUUCCAAGUGUGACACCACAAAAGUGUAUUAGCCAUAGGGGCAUAGCAACAUUUAGAGCUAUCUGCAUCCAUGCCUUCAAACUUCUUCAUGGAAAAAUGCCAGUCAUCCUAGUAAGUAAGUCUCACAUUAUUGUCAAACAACACAUUUUCUGAUUUGGGUUAGGAUUAAUCCUCCCUUCUGGCCUAGCUGGGCUCCCACGGAAUAGAUGUUACUGGGCCUUACCAGUUCUUGUGACCAAUAUAUCAGCGCUCCUCUUGUGGGGAAUCUGAAGAAUGGUUUCAUUUGGGGUGUGCUUUAUGUUUGGCAAGUUUAGCCACUUCUGAAGCCCAGGCACUGCACCACCACUGCACGGCCGUACAGCAAGACUGCGCCAUCUUAGCAGCAUUUGCUGGAGAUGAUAAUCACAAAGCCUCACAAGCGCAGCAUGUAACCCAGUGAGUCUCUGUCUUCCGUUUGGAAAUGCUUCAAGUCCUUUGGAACAUGAGUUUUAGAGGCCCGUUACUCUGAGAUGUAGCCAUAAAAAGCAAAGGGUGCUGUUUAAAUAAAGAAAUAAAAGCAGCUGACAGACUAGGAGGAGAAGCUGCACUGCUCUUUAUCAAAAUGGGGUCCCUCGGGCCAGGGCAGAAGUGGUGGGAGGGAGGAGAACGACAACAUGCCAAUGACAUUGCUAAGGCCUGGGAAAGUUUUGGGUCAUCUCUAGUCCCAUUUUUGCUUUAAGGUUUGUGUGUUUGUUUGUUUUAGUAUUCACAUACCUGUGUAAAGAGCUUGGCAGAAACAUGAAGGCAAUAACCACCUCUUUAUAAAGAGAUGCCAGAGAUUGUACGCCUGUGGCUCUGGCUAAAUACAAGACGGGUAGGGUGCAGGCUUGAGCACUGCCUAGCACUCACCCAUACUGCCUAGGUGUGCCUAAACAUAGUCCCAGACACGAUUCAAGGACAGGACAGGCACCAUUCCCAAAAGACAACAUGGACAAGACAGAAACUAGUUUGAGUCUCCCUACAGAGGUCCCCCAUAGCAUGAACACAACCAGUUAGGUUCCCUACUCUUAGGGCAAGGAACUAGUCCCUGACCCUCUUAUUUACCAGUAUAGACAGAGCCCACGCAACUCUUAGUGGUCUUCCAGUUUCCUCACUUUCACCAAAGUGAGGAAGAAGCUCUCCUCAGGAGAGGUCUGUUCACCAAUAAGAAAAAUGUUACCUAGAGGUUUUGAAUUGACAGGCUAAAGUAUUCAAAAGAUACCAUCUCCAAGUAGCCAAACGGAGAAAUGCUCUCAAAACAAGUGCAAGGCUCAUAAGCUUAGCCAAUUAAGUACAGGCCUAUAUUCUACUUACAGAGUUCAUAGCCUUGGUCCAUAGAUGAUCUGAGACUAUUAAAUACCCCCUGCAAAAAGCUCAUCUCUAGAACAGAGAAAUGUCAGCCAGUUUUAAAUACAAUCGUCAAAGCUGUGAUUUAACCCAGACUGAACUUAAGAUGCUUAAAAUUUGGUAUGGAUCUUCAUGAAAUUGCACUUAAAUAUAUACACACUAUGCCUCACAUUAUAAUACUGUUAUUUAUAUUUGCACAACUGUAUAUCAGGAGUUCCUGAAUAACUGUGUUGAUUACAGUCACUAAAGGCAUUCAAAUAUUUUUUGUCACUGAAAGACUUCUAAAAAUACAGAACUUCUUUUCCCACUAAUUAUAUUUCUAGAAAUAGAUUUGUGAAAUUUUAAUUAUGCCAUUAAAUAGCCUCCAUUGCAGAAUCAAGUAGCAGUCAAGAAAUUUGGAGAUUCCAGAACAAUCCAUUUUGGAUUUGAGAACAGCCUAGGUAAUGUCAAGAAGUAACAGAGCCCUCAAAUAAGUGAUUUUUGCUGUAAACUUUCCAGCAUAAUAUUGCACCUGACUGGUUACCUCUCAGUUUGGCUUAAUUAUAUACUCUUUUUUGUGAUGUGGAACUGGAGUGUCAAACAAAAUGAGUAAGAGGACCUGAUUUCAAAACAAAGACUAGUCUCUCUCUCCUUUGCUAUUCAAAGGGUUACUAUGUAACAGUUUCAGCUGAAUUUUAAAUAUUUUCCCUGUAACAGUUGUGUUAGCCCCUUACAGUAUCAGAUGGCUGGAUAUGAAAGACAAAUUGUCCUGAAUAUAUACAUAAUGAGAUACUUUCAAGUCCUUUUCAUGUCCAUCCAGUGGAAAUUUCCUCUCUC